UCCGCGCACGCGCGGGCGCGGCUGCUCUGCUGGGCACGGCUUGGCACGGGCGGCUUUUCCCUGGCUCGGUCUGGGCGGCUGGGCUUGGACGGCCGUGGAGAGGCGCUCAGCAGCACCAUGUUCCUGCACUCAGUCAGCCUCUGGAACCUGGCGUUCUAUGCCUUCAUGGUGGUUCUGGCCACCCUGGGGGUGUGGGAUGUCUUCUUCGACUUCGAGGAGAACAAGUGUAGCAUGAGCUACAUGUUUGAGUACCCCGAGUACCAGAAAAUCGAACUCCCGAAGAAGCUGACGAAACGCUAUCCAUCCUAUGAGCUCUAUCUGUAUGGAGAAGGGUCUUACGCCGACGAGCACAAAGCUCUCCCUCUGACAGGAAUUCCUGUUCUCUUCCUUCCUGGUAACGCCGGCAGCUACAAGCAAGUCCGCUCCAUUGGCUCCAUCGCGCUGAGAAAAGCGGAGGACAUUGACUUCAAGUACCACUUUGACUUCUUCAGUGUGAACUUCAACGAGGAGCUGGUGGCCCUGUACGGCGGGAGUCUUCGGAAGCAGACCAAGUUCGUGCACCAAUGCAUCAAAACAAUUCUCAAACUGUACAAGGGUCAAGAAUUCGCUCCCACAAGUGUGACGAUAGUCGGUCAUUCUAUGGGUGGCCUCGUGGCCAGAGCAUUGCUUACGCUGAAAAACUUUAAGCCAGAUCUGAUCAACCUCCUGGUCACCCAGGCCACUCCACACGUGGCCCCCGUGAUGCCCUUAGACCGUUUCAUCACGGAGUUCUAUAUGACUGUAAACGACUAUUGGAUUUUAAAUGCUCGGAAUAUAAAUCUGACUACGCUCUCCGUAGCUGGAGGAUUCCGGGAUUACCAAGUUCGUUCAGGACUGACUUUUCUGCCAAAAUUAAGCCAUGAGACCAGUGCCCUGUCUGUCGUGAGCUCAGCAGUGCCUAAGACCUGGGUCUCAACAGACCAUCUCUCCAUCGUGUGGUGUAAGCAGUUACAGUUGACCACAAUCCGAGCCUUCUUGGAUCUCAUCGACGCCGAUACCAAGCAGAUAACUCAGAAACCUAAGAAGAAGUUGUCGGUGUUGAAUCACCACUUCAUAAGACACCCAGCGAAGCAGUUUGAGGAAAACCCAUCCAUAAUUUCUGACUUCCCAGGGUCAUCCAAGUGGGUUCCAGUGAAAGUGUCCAGAUGGUCCUACGUGGCUCAGAAUAACUCUGAAAAGCUUUAUUUCGCAUUUCCUCUUGCGAAAAAAAGGAAGAGCUACACUCAUGCCUACUGCCAGAGUACCAUGUUGGAUACAAAUAGUUGGAUUUUUGGCUGUAUAAACAGCACAUCAUCUAUGUGCCGGCAAGGGAUUGAUUUAUCAUGGAAAGCUGAACUGCUGCCGACAAUCAAGUCUCUGAUGCUAAGGCUCCAAGACUACCCGUUUCUGUCACACAUUAUUAUCUACAUCCCUCCUGUCCACGGAAGUAAGUUUUUCUUAGACUGUGAAUUCUUUAAAAAAGAAGCAAGAUCCAUACAGCUUCCUGUAACUCAUCUUUUUUCCUUUGGAUUGACUUCAAGGAAGGUCAUGUUAAAUCUGAGUGGCCUGUACUACAAUAUAGAGCUUCUGAACUUUGAACAGAUAUACCAAGCUUUUAAAGUCAACGUGGUGAGCAAGUGCUCCAGAACCAAAGAAGAAAAAACCAGUAUCUAUAAGCUUCAUAUUCCCUGGUCUUACGAAGAUUCUCUAACCAUCGCACAGGUUCCAUCGUCCACAGAAAUUUCUCUGAAACUUCACGUUGCUCAGCCGGAAAACGACAGCCACGUGGCGUUGUUAAAAAUGUACACAGUGCCAGACUGUAAAUAUGAGGUGACAAUUAAGACUUCCUUUCCACAAAUACUUGGACAGGUAGUUAGAUUUCACGGUGGAGCUUAUCCCGCCUACGUGGUGUCUAGCAUCAUGCUUGCUUAUGGAGGACAGUUGUCUUCUCUCCUCUCAACAGGUUAUUGCUUAGAAUACGCAACCAUAUUGGAUAAAGAGGCCAAACCAUACAGAGUGGACCCUUUUGUGAUUAUGAUAAAGUUUCUGUUGGGGUAUGGAUGGUUUAAGGACUUAUGGGAUGGACUGUUUCUACCGGAAUUAGAGGCCAUUGUUCUAACCAGUCAGAGUAUGUGUUUCCCUCUGGUGUCCUUGAUUCUCUUUCUGCUCGGAACUUGCACCGCGUACUGGAGUGGUCUACUCUCUUCGGCAUCUGUGCAGCUCCUUUCCUCGCUGUGGCUAGCUCUCAAAGGACCUGUUGAGCUUCCCAAAGAUGUCAGGGCGACGGCCUCAGACUUGCCUUUCGCGACAUGUGUCUUUCUCAUAGUGAGCUGGACCACCUGUGGGGCCCUCUCUAUCCUGCUGUCUUACCUGUACUAUGUGUUUAAGGUCGUCCAUCUGCAAGCCUGCCUGACGACGUUUAGAAACAGCCAGCAAGUGAAUCCCAAGCACUCGAAGAGAAGCGAGAAGAAGUCCAACCACUACAAAGACUCGUCGGUGCAGGGUCCCCGCCUGUCUGUUCAGGAUGUUGAGGACAGUCUGCGCAUGCACAGCACCGUGAUUAACCUACUGACCUGGGUGGUGCUGCUCAGCCUGCCGUCGCUCAUCUAUUGGCUGAAGAACCUUGGGUAUUAUUUUAAACUUCAGCCCGACCCCUGCAAACCCCUGGUGUUUCUCCUUACUCCGGCUGUAGGGAUUCUCGGAAAUUCUUUCACAGUGACCGUAAAGUCAAGUAAGUUACUGAAGUCCACCUCGCAGUUACCGCUUCCCCUGGCCGUGGGCGUGAUCGCUUUCGGCUCCACCCACUUGUACAGGGUCCCGAAUUUCGUGGUCGUCCCUCUUCUGUACCACGCAUUUUGCAACUUCCUGUAAGGCCGGCCUGAGAGGACGAUAAAAGCGCUUUAAAGCCUCAAGGACCGGUGAUACCGUGAGCGCAGCCCCACCAGCCGGCACAGCGAGGUCCUUCGGAGAAGAUGCGUCUAUUUUUACAGUAUUGGAAAUAGGAAAUUAGUUUUGUAACGCGUGAGGAAAGUCGCCGAAGCAUGGUUUCGUUUCGUGACGUAGCGUCUGUGUUCUCGUCGUGCCUGAGGAAUGAGCGAGGGGCACUCGUGUACAUACCAACUAGCCAUGCCGUGAACCUUCUAGAAACUUAGUAGAUGCGGUGUUGUUUGUCGUCUCCUGUGGAACUUCCGCUGGCUCCAUCAGACUUUAUUUGAAAAGUGGGUUUUCUGUUUGCUAUAACUGACAUAUUCAGAGUAGGUCUUAAAAGGUUAAAAGUCACAGCUGUUUCGCAGAAGUGAGACAGUCGUAAAGGAGGCUUUUGGUCAGUUUUUGGCAACGAUGGGGAGCAAAGUUCUAUCAGUCUUCUUACAUCGAUGAAAAAGGGCCUCAAAGGGAGACUUUUUUGUUAGCUGUUAGACGUCAGGUUCAAAGCAGUGACUUUUCUUGAGCCUUUAAAUACGAAUCUUACUGUGCACUCUUGGUGAACAUUAAAAGCAAGAAAGAUCUACGGAUAGGUCUAUUAUCAGAAGACUUUUCUGGUGAGUACCACAUUGGCACACUCAGUUUCUGCCCCUGCUUAAGUCAGUGCCGAUGGUUGCCACAGGUGCCUCUGGUAAUGAUCAGGUAUUAAAACAGCUACAUUCCAGAGUUGAAAUAACUUGGCAUUUGCAUCAUCUCUGGUGUCCUGGGAAGGAGAGAUGUCAACAGAAGUAGAGUAUUGCCCUUGAUAGGGAAACAGUAGGCAGCCAUUGCUCCGUGGUACUGAGAGAGUGAGCCCUGUCUGAGCCGGCUUCCGCCCUGCCGUUGCUCAGUUACCAGUGGAAUCUGGCAGGGUUCACUCCCCGGGACUACCGUUUGGCCAGUGAGGGUAACAUUUUAUUUCAUUUCCAGUUCUCGUUCGUUCUCAGCUACAGAAAAACAGAAAGGCAGGGAGCUGAAGAACAGAGUUGCUCUCUGCCUUCUGUUAGGAGAAACUCUGAGGAGGUCGGGAUUCACAGAGCCCUUCACCUAGAUGUGUGUUCUGUAAAUGCCCAAAGCCUCUCCAACGAAGCCCUCGCGUGUGGGUGAAGUCACGGGUGGACUUGUGAGCGCAUGCACUUCUUAGUCCCAGGAUGGCACUUCGGGAACCAGUCUCGUUUUAUCCGCUGUUGCACCGGGUACCACAGCCUCUCAGCCGCCACUGCCAGCCGGAAGGCUCCUCCCACGCCAGUCACUUUGGCAACUGGCCUCAUUUUCCCCUGGGAGUUCCUCCUUGAGUCUUUCCCGUUUCAGAAUUAGUCAGAGGGUGAUGGUAUUACCACAGGGGUUCGUUAGUUUAUGUGACUCCGUUGCUGUCUUGCCUGGCAUCAUGCUUGUUAGGUGUUCCUAGUCUCACUUACUAAGACUCCGAAAGGAAAACAGUUAUAUUAGAUGUGGCGGACGUCUUAGUCUCUUGUCGCAGAAAAUGUGUCAAACAGAAUAAACUACGCCGUACUGUUCAUUCAGUAUCUGAGAGUGAGCUCAUCAGAUCAUACAGUUUUCUCACGGUAUACCACACAUACAUACAUACAUACAUACAUACACGGACAUACCUGCUUCAAUUUCGCCAGGUCUGGGCAGCCUCUAUAUCCAUGUUCUUUUACACUGUCAGUGACAUUACAGACGUCUCAACUUAAUGGUAGUUGAGCACUUUGACUUUCUGAAUUAGGACAUGCAUCUACAAAAUCUUAACAGAAAUCUGGUGUGAGAGACCUUUUUACAGCCUUCGUUAUUUGUGAGAUCUAGCAUCUCCACGGUUAGCCAGCACUACUAAGUAAGAUAUAGCAAGUUUGAGUCCUUACUCACGAGUGGUACGUUUGUUAUCAAAGCACACUUAAUUCUUGCUAGAAUGGUUUUUGUCUGAAAGUAUUUAUUCCCAAUCCUCCAAGUCUUAUUUAUGCCAGCAAAAUAUCCCAGAGAAUCGUGGUGUGGGUCUUUGGUCCUUUGUCACUCUACACGGUCACACAGGAACAUACAAGGACAUGCUCUGACAGAGUCUUCUUCCAGAUACACACUCACACAUGAACAUACAAGGACAUGCGUUGACAGAAUAUUCUUCAAGUACUUAGAUACAGGUAGCUAGGUAGACUAUCUGAUGAUGAAGGCUGCUCUCCUGUAAGAAAAGGGAUUUCCUUUAUCUCAGCAUCUCUUGCUUUUACCUAUCAUGUUUACAUGUGUUUUAUUACCAUAGUCCCAAUACCAGUGUCACUUGAAUUGGCAGUUAAGUUAGAGAGUAAUACAUCAAAUUUUGAGUUCCACUGUUGUGGUUUCUUUUUUAGGAAAUUGAGUUUUUUAGUAAGUGUUGUGCUUAUUAAACAACUGGAUUUUUGCUAGUAAAUAGAUUGGGUAUACUUUAGACUGUUAAGAACAUUGAAUGCUCAGUAUUUCUGAAACACCCUCAUAGAGUUAGUGCUAUUAUAAUUCAGACCUGCUAAUUUUUUAAAAAGAUUCGUGUGUGUGUGUGUGUAUGUAUGUGUAUAUGUAUAUGUAUAUACACACAUGUGUAUGCAGUUGCUCACUGUGGCCAGAAGAGAGCAGUGUAUCCCCUAGAGCUGGAGAUAGAGGUGGUUGUGAGUUGCUGGACAAAGAUGCUAGGAACCAAACUCAAAUCCUCCAGAACAGCAGCUCUCUUCACCCAGCUGUUUCUCUAGUUCCAGGACCUGAUAAAUCUGAUAGAAAUUAUUAUUACAGUUGUGUGUGUGUAUAUAUACAUGAGCACACCAGGGACUGAGUCCAGUCCUACCUGUGUUUCCUAAGUACUUUCUCUACCUUUGAAGUAUCCACAGCUAGUCUGGAUUCAUUUCAUGCCAAAAUUAAAUACAUUCUAUUCCUUUCUUGAUUAUCAUGUAUUGAAAACUUUCAGAACUGUGAUUCUAAAGAAACCGUUUAUGCUGGGUUAACACUAAUCUUUGAGGCUGCCUAAUAUGUAUCAAUCAUGUAUUGAUUAGUCUUUUAAAUUAUUUUUAUAUUAUAGUUAUAUAAUUUCAACUGUUUAUAAAGGAUAGUUCAGUUGUUUUCUUGAGACAAGGUUUCUUUGGUAGCCUUGGCUGUCCUGUAGUGGAGGCUAGCCUUGAAUUCUCAGAGACCCACCUGCCUCUGCCUCCUGAGGACUGGGAUUAAAGGCAUGCGCCGCCACUGCCCGGCAAAGGGAUAACUUUUCUUGAGUGAACUAUAAAAUAUUCUACAGUGCGGAAAAAGAAAUAACUUCAGGAGGUCGGCCUGCUGCACAGUUGCUAUUACAUUGUCGUGUGUAUCGACAUGACACAUUUCCACAGUGCUCACAAAUUUGUACAAGGCAGACUGUCUUAUCCACUGUGAAGUCUCUGUUCUUUAAAGAAAACUUUAGAGUUCUCACAGCGUGAUGUGUCCGUUUCACCAUGCUCCUUAGUACCUCUGGUGGAAGAUGGUGGAGGGAAAUCAAGGGACGUAGAACUCGGUUUUCAGGAGUUCUUGCAUGCUGUAGGAGGAAGGUGGGACACACGCCUGGAGAGAUGGCUCAGACCCUGAAGUGCCUGCUGUUGGAACAUGAGAACCCAAGAGCAAAUUCCCAGAACCCGCAGGAGGAACUGGCUGACCAAUGUGUGUCUAGAAUCCCAGGUCUGAGUGGCGGAGACAGGUAGAUCCUUGCUGCUUGCCGGCCGGCCAGCCUACCCACACUGGCCUGCUUUGAGGUCAGUAAAAAGACCCUGCCUCAAAAAUGAAGGUGGAGAGUCAUUGAGGAAGGCUCCCAGCAUUCUGUGUCGUCCCCUGUGCCCCCCGCCGCACCUCUCUCUGCACAUACACAAACAUGUACACACAUGAACACACAAAACAUUUAAGAGGUACCGUGAGAUAAGCUAGAGCUGCUGGUUCCGGAAUCAUGGGAUAAUCAGGUGGCCUGUAUUUCUCUCCCCAGAUGUCAGGUCUGAAUUCAUGCAGGCCUUGUGUUUUUCAGGUCGAUCGAGGCAGGAUUUUAGGAUGUUGCCCUUCGACAUUUAGUAAGUGGUCUCUAAAAAAAAAAAAAAAUCCUUUGGGAGAAUUCCAACAGUAGGCUGAGGCUUUGGGUCACUAGUUGGUUUUCAUCCGUGUGGACAGUUUGUGAGUUUGGAUAUCGUAGAACAGAGUUUGUGAAGUUUAUCGAGGUUCACAAUCCAUUUGGGGAGAUUGACACUUGGCAGGAAUAAAGGGAGCAACGGAAGGUUCUGUGUUUGCGACAUUAGUUCCUCCCAAAACAGGUCAAGAAAAUAUAGGACUCACUCUAGCCGUGAGGUUGAGAGCUGGAAUUUUAUCAUCGCCAAUCCUUUUGAACAAGAAACAUUUAUGAUUCCGUGAUUCUCUACUCUUUCAACGUGAGGCUUGCUGAGGCAUGGGGACAUAAGAAAACCCCGGGGACCUCACGUUCCCAACUUUUCAUAGGACUGUGGGAAAUGGGAGUCAGAGCAGUUCAAAGAUGCACCAUACAUGCAUAAACGUCUUCAUUUUUACAACACAUUGUGAAUAAAGAAAAACAGAAUUGUACGUGGUAGUAACAUCUGAGGACGGAAUAGACUCCGGAGACAGUGGAAACAGGCCUGUUACUCUGUUAGCACGAGGGACGUAACCGCGGCUGGGUCAUGGUGUGAUUCAGAGCUACCAGGGUCUGAGCCACAGCUUGGUCAAACCGUCUGUGACCAGUCAUUAUAAACCAAGAAUCAUUUUCUUUACAUGUUUGGCAUGGGACGCUGUCCAGACCCACCUGAAGCCCUAGGAGAAACCAGCCCAUUUCUGACGACUUUGUGUAAAAUUGGUAUUUUCUUGUGUCAGAAGUAAUCUAUAAUCCUCCUGUACAUGGCCAGUUUGAACGGCAAUGAGAAACUCUAUCUGUUGCUGUUUGAUCCGUUUAGUGUACAGUUAUCUAUACCCUACUCUUUGUCUCGGAAACCUACGGGGAGCCGUUUUGUGAACUGCACGUACUCUUUCAAAUGCUCUUUGGAUUUUUAGUGUUCGUAAGGUAGCAAUGUUACUCUGGCAAAAGUUUCUAGAUCUGUGUAUCCCUACUGACAGCUCCAGAGCCUAGUGGCCGGUGUGUUUGUAUUUCACGUGGUUUGUGCUGUUUCAUUUUGGACUAUUUACAUCCCUUUAUUAGGAAAAUAAAGAUACAUUUGAAUUCUUUUCAGCAUAAUCUGCAUUGGAAUUUGUGAGUACCUCCGUGGGUAGCAGAACAUACUUUGCCACCAAAGCUAAACAAAACUGUAAAAUACCUCCGGAUAUCUGUGCCAAGGAACUUCUCUUAGGAUGUUGGGGUUAAAACAAGAGUCAUCUUUUCCAGUAUUUUUCAUCUAGACCUACAAUAAAUGUGCACACCGUGAAAACGUACGCCACACUGUAUUUUUUCUCUGAAGCUGUUCAGAGCUUUAGAACCAUGUGCUCGCUUCUGUCUGCUUUCCUGAUACUGUUGGGUGGAAACUGAAUUCGCUGGGUCGUCUUUCAGCUUCUUUAAUUGAAGAAGUCAUCCGCUGUGGUCUUACUUUGUGCUGCGAAAAGUGAAUUUUGUUCAGUCCAUUUUUUUUUUUUUUUUGGUCUAUGCGUCCUCUUUAUAUACCUGAAUGCUUGCCCUGCGGGCUCUCUUUUGUUCUCUGUUUCUGUUCAGUCCCAAGUGUUUGUCCACUAGACCCUAACGUAGUCCAUUGAAGCAAACCUUUGAGCAGGGCACACCUUGUACCAAGUACUGUGGAAAGCCAGAUACCGACAUUACUUGGUCUUGGUGGAGUAAUGGUUAUCUAACUGUGAGGGACUGUAGAUAGAAAGGUGGUUUAUGAUGCGAGCUGGCUACAGGGUGCGUGUGUCGUGUGCCAUGGCCUUAGCCUAAGUAGGAGACGCCUGUCCUUAACAUAAGCUGGCUCUGUGUGUGGAGAAACACAUGUUUGUCAGAAUUCUCAUGCCAAUCUCCCCCUCCCCGAUGUGUGGUUGGGAGAGAGAUCUUCAUUUUUUAUUGUGUAUAAACUAGGAAGUUGUGUUACAUACUUAGAUUUUUUCAAAAUGGGAACUAAGGUGUAUCGUUGUGAAGCCAUACUGUGGUUUCUUCAACCUAGGACUAAUUGUAAAUAUAACAACGUGCCCAAGAUAAACCAGACCAAAACUGAAUAUAUAUAUAUAUAUAUAUCAUCACUGUGACCUUGAACUUAUUUGGGAUAAAACAGACUGUGCCUUAAAAAAUGACGAAGCAACGUCCUGCGAUUUUUGUAUCUCGAUAUUUCACUGUGGGCGGCCUUCUCAAAUUCACCUCAAAUCCUUUUCUUUCAAGCGGUUGAAAUUAUAAAUUUUCAGUAUAAAUUGGCCCACACCUCCUUUAGGGUCCACACAACCGUUAUUCUUGAGACCUCCUUUAAUUUCCAGAGCUGCUUUUGGUUGUUCUAUUUUUUUUUAAAAAAAAUUGAUUUAGUCUUAAUAUAGCUGGGAAAUUAGAUUUGACUGCAGUUUCUGGGGGAGAUGCUUUAAGGGAGAGUCACAGCCCUCCUGUUUCUAAACUUACUGAAUAUAUAAAAAUUAAUCAUUGAAAUGUAUUUUUGUCUUAUUGGUAAUGAUCUUAUCAAACAUGUGAGUUCCUUCUAAGACUUGUGCCCCGUGUUGUGGCAGAUUGAAACUUGUGUUUUUUUUUUUUUCUCAAGGAAGGGGUAUCAACCCAGUAAUGAUUUUGCAGUGGCUGAACUCAGAUCAAUGUCGUUUUUUUAAAAAACGUUACCAUUUCCCUCUCAUUUUCUUUUUCCUGCCUAAUUAUUUUAUGGCGUCAUGGGAGAAUUAGCUCCUCUGUUUUUAAUUUAAUGUAAAGUCUAGCGUUUAUAUUGUGUUUAUUUAAAACAAGGAGUAUGAUUUUCAUUAAAGUCCAAAUUACUCGAUUGAUCAUAUAAUCACGCUGUUUUUCCAAAGGCGUCCGGAUCCCCGUGUACUGUUUGCUUUUCCACGUGACUUUUGGACAUAAACUCAGUGUAUUUCUCUUGUCCUGUUUCACCUUCACUACUCCUUUACUCUGUUCAAGUUUUUAUUUAAAUAAGAGUCUCUUAAAAACUUGUAGAAACGACAGUGUGUCUUUCCUUCAAGCCUGGUAAGACUGACAGCGGGGCUGUUUAGACAAGGGUGUGCAUAAUCAAGGUCUCUCAGCUGACGUCAGUGUUUACCCUUACAGUUAAACCUUUAGAGCGCAGAUGACUCGUGGCUGCCGAGGGAGACUCAGUGGGGUUAGCGUUUAUUUGCACGCCCAUUUUGUGCUCAUCCGUAAACUCUAGUGUGUAGUAACAAGGCUUAGUGCAAGAAGCCUGUCCGAAAGUGUGUGCUGAAAACGAUGACCGUCGUGCAGAUCUCCCCGUCCGAACAUGCAUGCUCCUCCCCCAGUGCGUCGCGCGGCGUGUAGUGCACCGAACACGUGUGCGUGUUCUCUUCUGUGUGUUUCUGGUACGGUAUAAUUAACGCUGUUACGUUGAACCAGUUGUGGUUUGGGGGAAAAGUGCUGCUCCUGUGCUUUGUUGAGUUUUGUAAACGUUUUUAACCUCUGUUCCCACGUUACGAUGUAGUUUUAUUAGGUGAGCAUUUACCUUCCGUCUCCGCUCAGGUAUUAACGUGUAGCAAUCUGGGGUGCUUUGUUUUUAAUUUGUCAUAUUCUGGUGUUCUGAACGUCCCAAAAUAAAUUUGGUGAG